UGUUCAGUUCAGUUUCAGUUUCAGUUUAUUUGGAACAUGCAUACGAUACAAUGUAAUGCAUCACACACUUCCAGUGGUUUCAUUACAGCACCCUUUUUCUGUCAGGACGUGGACUAUGGUGACGCACAUUACUGCGUGGGCUGCUUUCCCGGAAUGCAAGCGAAACAGACUGGACAUGGCGUGAAGAACGACCGUACUUCCGCGGACAUUCCAAUAGGGGCGUGGCUACUGACUCACUUCCCGUAAAUGUCUUCAAGUCACGCGAGAACCAUAACGACGAAGGCUUUGCUCUCACCGGGAUGAAAACGAGGAUCAGAUCUUCUUUUGCCUUUGCAAAAGAGACGAACUUCUAAUUCUACCACAAUGCACAUUCUAAGUGCAUCAGUGGCACGUCUGGACCUCAGGUGGACAUAAGACUUACUUUUGGCAUAGAUAACAGUUUAGGAGCACGAUCAAAGUCACGACACAAGAGAGCUGGGUUCAAAUGCCAUGGCCCUUCUUACAGCAGGAUGGCUUCUAUUGGCAUUACUAGUCAACACGCCAAAGGAUUUCGCUGCUGCAGAUCCUCCAGAUCGCGAUUUUCAACCCAAGUGUCACAUUCCAUGUGAGGACAACAACUGCUGGGAACUACAUAUUCAUUGCAUUUGGGGUCGUGCAUUUGAUCCUCAGGUCCCUGUAAAAUAUAGUCUACACUGGCAGACGGCGCAUAGCGAUGAGGGCAGUGUGACAACUGGGGCCAGUUUGAGAGGCCUCAUCAAGCGUGUGCACUUUAUCAUGAACAGUCAACUUCGUGUUUGGGUCCAGGCUGAGAGCCAACAGGGUUCUGCUAAAUCCCUUGAGGUUGUCUUCAACACAGGACACAUCAUGAAACCAGCCCAACCUAAGAUUAUGUGGAGCCAACAAGAUCCUUUGGAAAUUUCCUGGAAUUCCACCUGUAAUGAGCAACACCUCUCUUUGGGAUCGUGCGAUGUGCGAUAUCGUACUGAGGUGGACAAAACCUGGAUUGAGGAAAAAAUCGGACCACACGUCAACUAUGAAUUCUACGGUGAAGUCCAGCCUGCUGUGUUCUAUGAAUUUCAAGUUCGUUGUUCCUGUGCGACGGGAUUGAUGAGCGACUGGAGUGCAAGCCAUAGAAUAAAAAGCUCUGAAGCAGCUCCCACUGGAGAGAUGGACGUAUGGGAGGAUUGUGGAGUGCCUGCCACCAAUAUUGAUUGUGUUAUGACCUGGAAGAUGCUUCCUAUAUCUCAGGCUCACGGUCACAUUCUGGGAUAUGAAUGGACACUGUCCAAACACGGCAAUGAUGACUUCUUCAAUGUUUCCACAGCCGAGCCGAUGGGCCGGCUGGUAUGCCAUGAGAUGCAAUGCUACCUCAAUUUCUCUUUAAAGAAUGUAACAUCGGUCAAUAUAUCGGCCUACAACGCCCAAGGUUCUACGGAGCCUUCUUACCUUGCCCUCCCAACAACAGAAAGAACGCCAAAGCACGCCAUUGAUGUCACGAUGAAUACGGAGAACCUCACCGUCUUGUGGGAUCUGCACUCUCAGCGCCCUGACAUCAACUCAAUCAAGGAGUAUGUGGUGCAAUACAAACAAGCAGGACGCCAUCUCGGCCAAGGAUUUGACUGGAUGAGAGUGAACAAAAGCCAUGCUUCUGCAACAUUUAGAGGUCAUUUUGAGAAGUACACGCCUUACCAAGUGUCGCUGUUCAAAGUGACACCCAAUGGACAAAGCCAACAUUUUUCCACAGUUAUUGGAUAUUCUCAUCAAGGAACUCCCUCCAAAGUGCCUUCUUUUAGAAUUAGCUCCAUUGCUGCCACACGUGUGACGCUGGUGUGGGAGCCUGUUCCACUGGCCAUGCAGAGGGGGCUGAUACUCUACUACCAAAUAGGUAUCCAGGGACAAACGGCAGUGUACAAUGUGACAACCUCACCUCAGGAUACAAGUGAGACUUUGGAGCUGCGAGAUCUGAAUCCAGAUCAGGAGUAUGAAGUGUGGAUCAAGGCUGUGACUGAGGCCGGGCCGGGACCAAAUGUCAUGGCAAGGUUCAAAACAGAACAAGAAGAGCAACUUAAAUCCAAAUCGCUCAUAUUAACACUCCUGCUCCCAGUGUGUUUUCUGAUCGUAUUAGGUGGUAUUCUGGUUUCCCUGAGUUUUCGCAGAGGCAAAGUGUGUGUGUGUUUAAAUGAAAGGAUUCCAGAUGCGUACAACAGUGGCAUCUUCAAAUUGAUGAAGGAGCAGAUGGAUGACCAUUCGGUUUGGAUCGGUAACCACACCUGUGAACCGCACACCACCAUAUCCGUUUUGGAGGUCGUGGCAAUCAAAGAGCCAGCGUGUGGGGAAUACUCCGAUUCCGAGGACCUAAAUACAAAACCGGCAACAAAGUCGAAGCAGCGUGAUGGAAAAGAGUGCAGCAAAAGGGUGGACUCCGACCAGGAAAAGGGGGCAAGUGAGCUUGUCAACAGGGAAGAUUCUUGGAAUUCAGAUGAAGAAGAUGAUGUCACGUUAGGUUAUGAAAAGCACUUCAUGCCGAGUGCUGUGGAAAUACUGGACAGUUGAUCCCACAUCAGGGCAAGAAAAAACUCAACCCAAUGGGGUACAAUGAGAAACAUUGGAGGGGACCACAGAUUUGGGGAUCCCCCCCACUACUUGGUGGCAAUAUGUUGGCAAUGUCUUCAAAUAAAUGUGUUUUUUAUAAGGUUUUUAAUAAUGUCAAGUGUUUCCAUUUUCAUGAGCAAUUUCUAACUGUUGCACAUAAAAAGGAAUGUACAUACAAUUAAGUUAAAAGCAUAAUUAACCACCAAGAACAUAUGGUAGGAAAGUAUUCAUUUCCCAAGAUUGGAAACUCUUGCAUCUUUGAAUCUUGCAAUAAACAAAACAGAACUUU